AUGGUUCUGGGAGAGAACGUCAUCAGGUUGAACUAUAUAACUAAUGUGUUGCUUACUAUCAAGGUUGCAACAUACGACCUGAGUGUGGCAGACAAACCAGAGAGUGAAACGAUCGUUGCCCAGCCUGACGAAACGACUCCAUGGCACGCCGCUCGAGUUGAAGUUAGCACUGGUGGAGGAAGACCAGUUCUGCUCGAAUACAUCACGCAAUCUCCCAAAGACCCCCAUUGUGAAGGGCUUGAUUCUACGUUGGGAUUCCCGAAAGAGUAUUGCAGUGAAAACUAUCGCCACACUGUUUCGCAAAUGCUUCAGAGCUUUGGAAUCAUUCCAUUUUAUUUUGCCACGAGGUUGACACCGGCUAUUCCUGCCAGUCUCCAGUACUUUGUCUUCCGUCUACACAGAGAUUAUGGUGGGUAUUCCGGUCCUUGUGACAUCGUGGACCUUCCAUUAACGAUGCUCUUGGCCUAUACUUGUCAUGCUUUUACCCAGUUCUGCCUCCCACAUGAUAGCAAUAGCUGGCUGCUUGGGGUUUUCGCUGAAUUGAUAUGCACUAGGCGCGAGGACUCCAAGCUUCAGAACCUAGCUUUCAUGACAAGGUACCUUGGCCACGGAUCGAAACAAAAAACAGUGACAGGGUUUUUGUCCCUCGUCACUGAAGCAGUAUGGCACCUACCUGCACUGCGGACUCUGGAACUAUGGAAUGCCAGCGAUGGAUUUGGAUGUUUGUUCCGUUGCACCCUAGAUCAUCACCGAAUCAUAGUCAAGUGGCGAUGUAUCGACGAGCGAUUCACUUUGGAGGACGAAGUGAUAGAGAAAUGGACUGAACUGGCCAAGGCCUCAGGCCGUUCAAGUUCUUACAUAUCCUACCGUUCCUACAACUCAGAUGGGUGA